AUGUCGUGGGGAUUGGGCUGGAAGCGCCCCACCGAAGUCUUCCACCUGACGCUGAGCUACGGCCCGGAUGUCGACACCCUCGAUGAGGCGUCUCCGACGUCAACGCGAUCGUCUUCCGCUGCUUCCCCGUUCUCGGCCUCAUCCCCGACGUCCCAGGACGCCGCCGCCGCCGCCGCCGCCGCCAGCAGCAUCAGCAAUCAAGAGCAGCUAGGGUUUAGGAUCGACCUCGAUUGGAACGCGGGAGAGGACGAGGAUCAGAUCGCGUUGAAGUUGCAGUCGCAGGUGAUGGUUGCUCUACCCACGCCGCAGGACACCGUGGAGAUUGAACUGACGGACAGGGCAAAGAACAGCGAGGGCAGUUCGGUAAAUUCAGAAGGCGGAGGAGAAGGUAGUUCUAUUUCGGAGAAUGCUGAAGGAGCGGCGGAGGCUGUGGUGGGGGUGGGGAUGAGGGUUGUGAAGAGGAGGGAGCCGUUGAAAGGGGUUUUGAUGUGGAGGGCCGGGGGCUCCGGACAGCAGAAUGAUGGUGGGAUGGGGGUUUUGGUGAAGCUGAUGAAGUUGAAUUUCACCAAUGGAGUUGCUGAUGGUGAGGCAGUGGAUUCUGGCUGUGCAGAUCAUUGGCGAAACGUGACUGUUGUCAGCCUUUGUGGUCUAGGAUUGACAGCAUUGCCCAUUGAGAUAACUCAUCUUCCACUUCUUGAAAAACUAUACCUUGAUAACAAUAAGCUAUCAGUUUUGCCCCCUGAGCUUGGCCAACUGAAAAACUUAAAAGUUCUUGCAGUAGAUUACAACAUGCUCGUUUCUGUGCCUGUUGAGUUAAGACAGUGUUCGGGUCUUGUUGAGUUGUCUCUGGAACACAACAAGUUAGUCCGUCCUAUUCUGGAUUUCAGGGCUAUGGCAGGAUUACACGUAUUAAGACUGUUUGGCAAUCCUCUUGAAUUUCUUCCUGAUAUAUUGCCAUUACAUCAACUUCGCCAUCUGUCCCUUGCAAACAUUCGGAUUGUGUCAGAUGAAAACCUAAUAUCUGUUAAUGUGCAGAUUGAGAUGGAGAAUAGUUCUUAUUUUGUAGCAUCUCGACAUAAACUGAGUGCCUUCUUCUCUCUCAUAUUCCGAUUUUCUUCGUGCCAUCACCCUUUACUGGCAUCUGCACUUGCGAAGAUAAUGCAAGAUGAGGGAAACCGUGGUGUUGUGGGUAAAGAUGAAAAUGCAGUGCGGCAGCUCAUUAGUAUGAUAAGCAGUGACAAUCAGCAUGUGGUUGAACAAGCUUGCUCUGCACUCUCGGCCCUAGCUUCUGAUGUUUCAGUGGCUUUGCAAUUGAUAAAGUCUGACAUUAUGCAACCAAUUGAAAGAGUGUUGAAAUCCACAGGAGCAAAAGAAGUGAUUUCUGUGUUGCAAGUCGUAGUCAAGUUGGCUUUUACAUCUGAUAUUGUGCAAAGAUCAGCUUUAUGUGCUGUUGGAAACUUUGCUUUCUGUUUGGAAAACCGCCGAGCACUUGUAACAUCAGAAAGUCUGAGGGAACUCCUUCUGCGGCUGACAACUGCAUCUGAGCCACGUGUGUGUAAAGCUGCAGCUCGGGCUCUGGCGAUAUUGGGGGAAAAUGAGAUUCUUCGCCGUGCCAUUAAAGGAAGACAGGUCCCUAAGCGAGGACUGCGCAUACUUACUAUGGAUGGUGGUGGUAUGAAAGGAUUGGCAACUGUGAAGAUUCUAAAAGAAAUUGAGAAGGGUACUGGGAAGCAUAUCCAUGAACUCUUUGACCUUAUUUGUGGAACAUCUACUGGUGGUAUGCUUGCUGUUGCUCUUGGAAUAAAGUUGAUGUCCUUGGAGAAGUGUGAAGAAAUAUACAAAGAACUUGGUAAACUUGUGUUUGCUGAACCUGUUCCAAAGGAAAAUGAAGCAGCAACGUGGAGAGAAAAGCUGGAUCAACUUUACAAGAGUUCAUCACAGAGUUUCCGUGUUGUUGUUCAUGGAUCAAAGCACAGUGCAGAUCAGUUUGAGAGACUGCUGAAGGAGAUGUGUGCUGAUGACGAUGGGGAUCUCCUAAUAGAAUCAGCACUAAAAAAGGUCCCCAAGGUUUUUGUUGUGUCUACUUUGGUUAGCGUUGUACCAGCACAGCCAUUUAUAUUUCGAAAUUACCAGUACCCUGCAGGAACACCAGAGAUUUCUUCUGCAAUUUCUGAGAACUUGACAACUGGCGGGCAAGGUGUUGCAACUACUGGAGCGCAGGUUGGAUAUAAACGCAAUGCCUUUAUAGGAAGUUGCAAGCAUCAGAUAUGGCAGGCUAUCAGAGCAUCAUCAGCUGCACCUUACUACUUAGAUGAUUUCUCCGAUGGUAUAUAUCGCUGGCAAGAUGGUGCUAUUGUAGCCAACAAUCCAACAAUUUUUGCUAUACGAGAAGCACAACUGUUAUGGCCUGAUUCUAAGAUAGAUUGCUUGGUUUCAAUUGGUUGUGGGUCUGUUCCAACAAAGGUCCGAAGGGGUGGUUGGCGUUACUUGGACACUGGGCAAGUGUUGAUUGAAAGUGCAUGCUCUGUCGACCGUGUGGAGGAAGCUUUAAGUACAUUGCUUCCUAUGCUUCCAGACGUACACUAUUAUCGAUUUAAUCCAGUUGAUGAACGUUGUGAUAUGGAGCUAGAUGAAACUGACCCAGCAAUCUGGUCAAAGUUGGAGGGCGCUACCGAUGAGUACAUUACGAAUAAUUCUGUCACUUUCAAGAAUCUUGCUGACAUAUUGCUCGAGAGUUCACAUGAUGAAAAAUCAUCUGAUGGUUUGAAGUCUCAGCAGAUUCUGAGAGAAAGGGGGUCAAAUGAGAGUAAUGCCACUUUGGGAUGGAGACGUGGUGUACUUCUUGUCGAGGCUUCCAAUAGUCCAGAUUCUGGAAGAGUCUUUCACCACGCACGUGCUCUCGAGACGUAUUGUGCUAGUAAUGGGAUAAAGUUAUCACUAGCUAAUGGGACACCUGGGGCCAUUAAAGCAGCUCCAGGAUCAUCACUGCCGACACCAUUCACUUCACCUUUGUUUACCGGAAGCUUCUCGUCGAGUCCCCUAAUUUACAGCCCCGACAUUGGGCCUCAACGAGUCGGUAAAAUUGAUUUAGUGCCUCCUUUAAAUUUGGACGGGUUCCAUUCUGCAAAAUCAACUACUUCACCCCCAGAGUCACCUUCCAAACGCCGGCAGCUUUCUGUUCCAGUCCUCUCUUUGCAUGAGAAAAUACAAAAUUCACCGCAGGUUGGAGUAUGUCAUUUGGCACUGCAAAAUGAUACAAGAGGCUCUAUUUUGAGUUGGCAUAAUGACGUGUUUGUGGUAGCGGAACCUGGAGAAUUAGCUGAAAAGUUUCUUCAGAAUGUCAAAUACAGCCUGCUAUCAAUGAUGAAGGGCAGGAGAAGGAAGUAUGCAUCGGUCAUUACCAACAUCUCAACAAUUGCUGAUCUCGUGUCGUGUAGGCCCUACUUCCAGAUUGGUGGUGUUGUCCACAGAUAUAUUGGACGCCAAACGCAGGUCAUGGAAGAUGAUCAAGAAAUUGCUGCCUACAUGUUCCGCAGAACUGUUCCUUCCAUGCACUUGACCCCGGAAGAUGUCCGUUGUAUGGUCGGGUCCUGGAGAGAUAGGAUCAUAAUCUUCACGGGUAUAUAUGGGCCUACCCGGCCCAUGAUAAAAGCCUUCCUAGACUCAGGCGCCAAAGCUGUCGUGUGCCCUUCAACCGAACCUGAGGAUCUGCAGCUCACAUCCUUCUAUGGGCCAGGCGAGUUCAGCAGCUACGAAAACGGAAGGUUUGAGAUUGGCGAGGAAGAAGGAGAUGAGGAAGAGGAAGAGAGUAGGCCCACAAGCCCAGCUAGCGACUGGGAGGACAGUGAGCCAGAGAAAAAUGGGGAGGACUCAAUGAUGUUCUUCUGGGAAGAUGAUGAGAAAGAAUUGUCUCAGUUCGUGAGCAAAUUGUACGAUGCCUUGUUUGUGGGUGGUGAGAGACUGAAUUUUGCUUUGAAAAAUGCGCUUGCUUCUCACAGGAGUUUGAGGUAUACAUGUCAUUUGCCGGGUGGUGUUUAGAUUUCAUUUUUUUUUUUAGAAGACAAAGGAAAGGAAAAAGGAGAGUUUUGCCCGUUCGAGGUUAUAUACUAAAAUCUCGUUCUGUAAUAGUCUGUUAUCUUGUAUACUUACAAUACUGUGAGGAUUUUGUAUGGAGAGUUUGGAAAAGAGAGGUGGGAUACUGGAAAAAGGAGAAAGGGAAUGAAAAUUAGGACUUAGUUGGAGAAAGAAAACGGGGAAUAAAUGAGAAUAAAUCAUGUAUGUUAUACUGACCAACUUUUAUACUGAUUAUACCAUACNUUGGUAAUUUUGUU